CUGGAUGGUGGCUAGCAAGAUCAUUAGAUACUGAUCAGGAGGGAAAUGUUUUUAUUGGUGAUAUUAAAAAAGAUGAAGAGAGUGAACUGUCAACAUUGGAAUCACUUGAACUAUUUCAUUAUGCAAUGACAGAAAAUGUUGAUAUACCUAAAAUCAAGGAAUUUAAGACAAGGAGCAACGUUGAGAGAGCAAGUCUCUUUUUAUCAUUAAUUAAACAAGAUUCAGUUCUGCUAGAUCAACUUAGAAAAAAAGAACAUGAAAAACCUAAAGCAAUUAGGUGGUAUGAUGAUGGUGUUCAACUGACCUCUCCAUCUUUAAUACAAUGUCAAGAAGUAGUUUCUCUAUUAACAUAUAAACAUACGAACAUUGUCCUCAUCAAAUCAUCUCCUGAUGUUGUGUGUGAUCUGUUGCCAGUUUUAUUACAAAAUGAAAAGGUGAGAGACUUGACAAUACAAGACACUCAACUAACACAGGACUGCAUCUCAUCCUUAUGUAACUUACUGGCUAACAAUAAAUCAUUAUUAAAUUUAGUUCUUACUAACUGUUCCAUUGAUGACAAAGCAGUUGCUGAUAUUACAAACGUACUACAAACACACAAUAACACACUUAGAGGAUUAUUCUUCAUUAAGAAUCCUCGUAUUACUUCAGUUAGUGCUCAGUCUCUUUCUGAACUAAUUAUCAACAACUCAACAUUAAUUAAAUUACAAAUAACAGGCACUUCAAUAUCAUCUGAUGGAAUAUUACUAAUUCUUGAAUCGUUAACUAUUAAUAAAAAUAUAAAGCUAACUCUAAAUAAGAUACACAACAAAGACACAUGCACAGAAUACCAUGACUAUAAUAUUAUAAAAGAUAGAUUAACAUUUUACUAAUAAUAAUUGUAUUUUGCUUUUUAUAGAUGAUGC